UUGGAAUUGACACGCGCAGAAUGAACGAAAAUUCGUCGGUUGAUGAACACGGCUUCCCGUUGAACGAAUAUUCGAUAUUUAACGUUUCGAUACUAAAAAUAUUUUAAUUCGACAGAUGUCGCCAUCCAUCAUUUCUGAAUAAUUGUUUCGGGCAGAAGGGGAAGGAAGAAGGCUGUCGAACAUCUGUCACCAAGCGAAGACUACGUCCGCUUUAGUCCCCAAAAACCGCAAUACCGUCAUGGCACCCGGUUUAAUAAUUUUUUAAAGAAAAUUCAAUACAUUUGCAAUCAAAGUCGCGUAGAAACGGCGAUUCUUGUCUGUACGAAUAUUUGUUCAUAUUUGUCUUGGAAGUAUGAGUUCAGGUAGACCGAUCAAGUGUGUGGUGGUAGGAGAUGGAACAGUAGGAAAAACAUGCAUGUUAAUAUCAUAUACAACAGAUAGUUUUCCAGGAGAAUAUGUUCCUACAGUGUUUGAUAAUUACUCGGCACCCAUGGUUGUGGAUGGAAUACCUGUUAGUCUAGGACUUUGGGAUACAGCUGGACAAGAAGAUUAUGAUAGACUUCGUCCACUUUCAUAUCCACAGACUGAUGUUUUCUUAAUCUGCUUCUCAGUAACAAGUCCAUCAUCUUUUGAAAAUGUUACCAGUAAAUGGUAUCCAGAGAUAAAACAUCACUGCCCAGAUGCUCCAAUGAUACUUGUUGGAACUAAAAUAGACUUACGAGAUGACCGUGAGACACUUACCGCCUUAGCUGAACAAGGUCUUAGUGCUAUAAAACGUGAACAAGGACAAAAACUAGCAAACAAGAUCCGAGCAGUAAAAUAUAUGGAAUGUUCUGCACUUACGCAGCGUGGUUUAAAACAAGUUUUUGAUGAAGCAGUUCGUGCUGUUUUAAGACCAGAGCCUCAGAAACGUAGACAGAGAAGAUGCAUUAUGUUAUAAACGCUAAAUAAUUGGGAACUAAUCAAUGUAGGUAAAACCACAUAUAAACUAACAGACUGAAGUUAAUUUUGUCACAAGAAACAAAAAGAAAAUAUGAAUAUUUGGAAAAAAAGUAGCAGCCCAAACAUUUUAAUGAAUUUUUCUGGCAGCUAUAAUUCAUCAUAAUCAUAAAUAAAGUACAAUUUCCAGCUCAUAACUGUAAGCUACAAAAUUGAUAUAAGACCAGGAAUUUAAAUAAUAUGGAAAUAUGACGUCUUUAUAAUUUUAUAAUUGAUACUGAUAAAAUUAAAUGAGACAAAAAUUAUUACAGAUUUGCAUGUGUUGUAUGUGUAGCACUUUUAAGAUGAUUUUAAAUAUUAAUGUACUAGUCAGAGGUUAAAGUAUUUAAUGAAAUUGAGAAUAUAUGUACUAUUGUUUCUUACUUUUAUAAAGUUAUAAUUUUCCUAUGUUUAUUGUCAUUUUUUAUACUUUUUUUAAUAUAAUAUUUCAACUAAUAUUUAAAUGAAUCUCAUACUUUGAAGCUUUGAUCAAGAGAGCUGCCAGAUUUUGAAAUUUUUAUACCUAUAAUAGUAAAAUAUUCAUUUAAUAUACACAUAUGAUAGGUAUUACAAUCAAUAUACUAACAAUUUUUAUACAAUGUAAAAUAACAUUCUAGAAUUAUUUAAACAUACAGUGCCAUAGCAACGAAAAAAUCAAAUCGAUAAUGCUAGCAUUUUUUAUGUCAGUUCUAGACAAUAUAUGUAUUUUAUUACAGUCUCUUAUUGGAGAAUUAAAAAAAAA